AGGAAAAAAUCUUAUAUUUUUAGAGAAAGGGAUAUAGAAAAAUAAACGUUGAAUAAUAAUUAAAUCAGAAAAAGGUUUUAGAAGAAGAAAAAUCGAUGGCGGGGAUACUUGUGAACAAUAUCCUCCCUCAACCUCCGAUUUUCUCACCGGUGGUUUCUUCUUCUCGAAGCAGAUCAACCCGAACCCUAGUUCUGGUCAAAGCUUCCGCCGAAUCUUCCGAUUCAGUUUCAGUGUCGGCGAAAUCCAGCGAGGACGUCGGAGCAGUUCUAUUCACUGCUCCUCCCGGUUUCAAGCCUCCCGAGCCGAAACGCUUCGCCGUUAAACCCGGAAAACUCUUCGAUGUCUUGGGUGCAGCCGUCGGGUUGCUUUUCCGAUUCGGCACUGGGGUUUUCGUUACUGGGUACUCUGCAUCAUUCGUGUCCAAGGACGAUGUUCCAGCUGAUCAGUAUGCGUUGCGUAUUGGCGGGAUCACGGUAAAGGAAGCCUCGAAGCUCGGACCUCGCCCUGAGAAACCCAUCGAGAUAUAUGAGUUUGAAGGCUGCCCCUUCUGCCGGAAGGUCAGGGAAAUGGUUGCAGUGUUGGAUCUUGAUAUUCUCUAUUAUCCUUGCCCAAGAGGGAGCCCGAAUUUCCGCCCGAAGGUUAAUCAGAUGGGCGGGAAACAACAGUUUCCGUACAUGGUUGAUCCAAAUACUGGAGUGUCCAUGUAUGAAUCAGAUGGAAUCAUCAAAUAUCUGUCCGAGAAAUAUGGAGAUGGAACAGUUCCUUUAAGUCUGAGACUUGGCCCGUUGACGGCUAUAACAGCUGGUUUUGCAAUGAUCGGCCGUAUGGGAAAGGGUAACUUGUACACACCAGCAAAACUACCACCUAAGCCACUCGAAUUCUGGGCAUAUGAGGGUUCUCCGUUUUGUAAACUUGUACGCGAAGUUCUUGUAGAACUGGAGUUACCACACAUUCAACGCAGUUGUGCUCGUGGUAGCCCCAAACGGCAGGAAUUGCUCAAUAAAGCUGGUCACUUUCAGGUGCCUUACCUGGAAGAUCCAAACACUGGAGUAAAUAUGUUUGAGAGUGCAGAAAUCGUAGAGUAUCUGAAGCAAACUUAUGCUGCUUAAGUUCACUCUAUACGCGUAUAGAUAGAUAUAUAUGUGAAUCUGUGUGUGUACGCAAACUUAUGAUGCCUAGUUGAGCUACUUUCUGUUUCAACAAUAAACUCAUCAACUUUAAGUGUAGGGGCUUUAUAUAUCAACCAACUAAUGUUGUGACAUGUGACAUUUUUCUCCAAGGUUUGACCUUCUUUCCUAUUGUCCUUUUUUGUAAAAAUCUAUUGUUAUCUUUUGUUGUCAAAAAAUAAAUGAAAAAAAUUGGUUAUA